AUGGUGAGUUCAGUAGAUGUCCUCUUCUAUUAUACGUUCAAAGCUUUGGGGUACGAGGAUUCUGACAUGGAGCCUUCGGCAUAUACACUAUACGGAUUCAAUGGGGUGGCGACGAAACCAAAAGGCGAGAUACGUGUGAGGAUCUUCGUAGGAGAAUUAGAGACAACGGUUACCGUUUGCGUGGUGGACGUGGAGUCACCAUAUAACGCCCUCAUGGGAAGACCGUGGAUCCAUGCGAUAAAAGGAUUCGCAUCAACUUACCAUCAAUUGUUGCGAUUUCCCAUGCCCAGUGGGAUCGGAGAAAUACGUGGAAAUAGCGUGGACGCGGAGGAAUGCAACGAGAAGGAUAUUGAGAAUUAUUAA